UAGCUCUGAAUACAAUUAUACAUUGGAAAGGCGCAGCAUCUCAUGUGACGUCAUUGUUUGUUUAAGAUAAGAAUUUUCUGUGCCGAAUUCGCCGAGCCGAACCCACCCAGUUCGGAAAUCCGACAACGCCUCACGACGACGAGGGCGUGGGCAUUGACAUCGUCAACGACCUCAAGCAUUAUUGUGUGGACUUUUCCCAUACUACCCUCUGAUUCCAACGCAACACUCUCCAUGACAUGCCCCGUUCUCAACCACCGGUGCCAUCCACUCUCAGGAAUCGCAACCGGAUUACGAACAAGAGCCGUCUCAGAAUUCACAUUGGAAAUGUCGAGGCCGAUCCGAUUAUCCCUGAUGAGGACGACGAGAAGCACCGUAUGCUCCAGAGCGUUGCAGGUGUCGACCAGGAGGAUGCGAAUGAACACCACUUGCAACAAGUCCUCAGUGAGGCAGCAUUGCGCAACCAGCACUCUGUGCGGCCCGCUCGGGGCGCAUCUGAUAAGACCGCGAGCUCCGUCGCAUAUAUUCCGACCCCCGACUCCACUGGAGUCGUCGAUAAUUACGAGACUCUUUAUCCUGCUAAUAAAUGGAGGGAUCCAGCCUCGUAUGUGUUCUCCUCGGAAACUGUUGAGGAGAAGUGUCAGAUCGGACUUGCCCAUGGAUGCACCUACUACAUGGAUGAACGGGACAAAGAGUGGCUGGACAAGAACAAUGAGGAAGCCAGAGGUGAAGGAACUAGUACCCAAGCAUCACUUUCAGCCAGUACGAGGACGUCGGCGCGAAGUGCCAAGAGCAAGGGUAAGGAACCUGAUACUGCAACUCCGGUUCAGGUUGGAGAGGAACACUUCGAGUUGGUGAUGGGAUUGUUCGAGCUGAUUACGCAUGAGGAAACAGAGUAUUUGCAUCAUAGUCUGAAAGAGGGCAUGACUUUUCCGGAGUUUUCGAACUAUCACGAUACCUUCGCGAACACCCUUCCGGAUUCCCUGUUCGCCCGAUAUUUUGUCCCUCGGGGAAUCCCCCCUCCUCUGCAAUUGCUACGCAUGGCUCGUUUGAUAUAUCCGUAUUGGAAGGAGCGCAGAAUUGAACGAGGUGGUCAACGGAUUAUACCUCAGCUUAAUGGUGAUGAGUCGGAUAUUUUGAAUGAAUCCUACAUUUGCUUCCGUCGGCGAGAAGCGAAGGCCAUCCGCAAAACUCGCGCUUCGCAAGUAAAUUCCUCUGACAGGCUGAAUGCUCUGAACAAACAACUUUCUGAACCCUUGGAAAUUUCGAAGGAUAUCAUCAGACGAGAGUGUACCAAAUGCGAAUUGGGGCGGCUUGGGUUGAACGUUUGGCAACGCCGUAUUGCAAUUGUUGAUCUCAAACGUAGAAAUCCUUCUCUUGCUGGUGAUACUUCGAAUGAGGAGCUCCUAGUCGACAAAGAACCUCCUGCGAAGAAACCAGACCUCCGCGCACGUAUACCAGUCAAGCCAGAGGUUAUUAUACCCUCACCUGCUAUUCGCACGGAACCGUCCAUUCGUCCAAAAGAGAGAUGUGCUGCAAUACACGCGAAAGUCGAGAACGCCUUGCAGAAACGAAAGGAAAAAGAUCAUCAAUGGGAGGACACUAUCGAUAACUCCUAUGUUCCAUCAUUUGUGUCUUUUCCUUCUCGAGUCUUCAAGCAUGUGGGACCUUCCGAUGCCCCUAAGUGGCCAGCAGUGUCAUUAUCAUCAACUCUGGAUUCAAGCCCUGCUUCAACGCGACUACGACAACCAAGACCAGUUCGUCUACGUAUCGGGCGAGGCGGUCGUAUGCAUCUAGAUCGACGAGGUACACUUUCUGGGUUGGUAACUCGGCGGGAAAGUCCUACCGACCCGGAUGGUAUGGAUGUCGACGUAGACACCGAGCAGACGAAGCGAUUGCAAGAACGUUGGCGCUUCGACUCCGAUGACGCACCAUCGAUUGGCAUUUCAAAUUCUGAAGAGCAGGAUCGACAACUCGUCGACGACUACGGUCUCAAAUAUAUCCGGCAUUCUGUUCACCUUCUGGCUGACGUAGACCAGAGUCUUUUGACGGACCCUUCCAUAACUAAAUACAACUCUGAUGGUCGUAAAGAGGUCGUCAUUCCUUUCAAGCUGGGUCUUGCCAAUGCCAUCGUUAGACGCGACAUGGGCCCCAGACCUGGACCACAGCCAAUGAUUUCCCACGCUGCCCAGCAAGCGCAAGUAGCCGCACAGCAGGGUACGAUAAUGCCCAUGCCAAACGGUUCCCCCAUAUCCUCCCAGCAACAGGUUAAGAUGUCGAGCGCUGGUCUAAGCCACAUGCGCAUAUCUUCUAGUGGCAUGCGCGUAGGGCCGGUGAUUCCUAAUGGGAUGCACAGUGCCUCGCCUCCAUUAUCCUCGCCCUCUUCCGCCCUACAACUUUCUCCUCCCCUCAGUGGUAUAAAUGGUGUCGCCCGCGCCGCUAUAAAUAUGCCACACCUUGAUGCUGUCAAGAUCGAAUCUGGAUAUUCUAUACCGAACGGUGCAGUGGCUAUUCCGCAAUCAUCUCCGUCUCCACAUUUGCAGGAAGCUGUUCCUCAUGUGCAAGAGGUCAAUAUCAAUGGUCAAGGUAACUUGGCUAAGUUACAGGAGCCGCUUCAUAUCCUACAUCCUGGAUACCAUAUUAAUGGCUUCCAAGGAUCCCCCCUUUCGAAUCAUGCGCAGUACAUGAACGUCCAGAGUGGACUGAGUGCCCAACAAAUGCAAAAUCUGAAAUCGGUGUUCGCAGCCCCUGGUAACCAGGAUAUGACGGCUAUUCAGAUCAAUGGCGUGCGUCCUAUUCCUAGUCCAUAUAUGCACGUUGUACCACAGAACGUGAACUACAAUCCAGCUAACAUCAGUAACAUGAAGCUUCCGGCGGUGCGCCAACAGAUACAGUGGUCGCACGGAGUCAAUGGCUCUCCGAUGCUAAGGCCAACGGCUGUGGCUAAUGGAUUGGACGUCACAAUGAUCAGUGGGUCCCUCUCGCCGAAUCUGGCACAUGUUACACCAGCGUCGGCGAAUGGAACGAGGAUGGCCUUGUCGCGAAACAUGUUGUCACCCCAUGUUCAGCAUAGCAGCCCCUCACCCAUACCCUCGAUUUCACAAUCACAAUCUCCGCCUCGCCUACCCUCGACGCCAACGAUGGCAACGGCACAGCCUGUGGGGGCAACACAAGGCAGUUAUUGAUGUUUUCUUCUGCGUUUUCUCGGGUUCUCAUGUACAGCUAAUAUAUCUCUUUCUCUCUUGUACUCUUGGUCGGCACGUUUGUUUUGUUCUUAUAAUGACAUAAAUUACUUCCUCUCCUCGCGUCGUGUAUUUUAUUAGAGAUUUAUCAUUCAUUCUCUCGAUGAGCAGAGGUCAAAACUCCAGUUUCCGUAUGCAGUUUCG